AGAAGCUUCAACCACUCCCAGUUAACUUUACCAUAAAAGGACUCUCGGUGCAUCGGGAUUUUCACUUUUUCUAGAAAAUGCUAUCGAAGGUAGUAUUAUUUCUAGCAGUUUUGUCUUCAGCUUCUGCAUCCGUUUGCAAGACUGGAAAUUUGAUCAACAAGCCAGUAAAUGAUUCGCCAGUCAUUUGGCCAGCCACCUGGGAUAUGAAAUUUGCGCCUCCAAAACUAGACAAAGGACAAACGUGCAGCUGGACUGUAACCGUUCCUGAUGGAUUUUAUGCAAAACUUGUUAUCAGUGCAAAAGCAAUGGAUCGGGAUACAUAUUUUCAGACAAUUGAUUCUGCUGGAAAUUUGGCAAAAACUGGUAAUGAAAAAAUGAAGCCAUAUUACUUUGUUGGUCCCAAGUUCACAAUUGCUUUGUCGAGCAAUGCUCCUGCUGCAUUCGGUUUUAAGAUUAUAUGGCUACCAUUUCCAAACAUAGAUAUUGGCUACUCUGGUGUUACUGAAGCAGCCGAAGUUCUUAACGCUACUGGAAUAAUUUACAAACAAUCAAUUUAUAGUAGAGGUGGAAUACAUUUGCUUCCAUUUCCACAGGAUCCGACCAAUUACUUUUCGUUGAGAAGUGCUCUUGUAUUUGAAGGAGGUAGUUUCCCGGGGUGCAAUUAUGUGGGAAAUCUUUACCAAAUGUACCGGUCGAAAAAGCCGUAUUCAUUCUCAAGUGAAGGAUCAAUUGUUGUUUUUAAUCUUGCUGCCAGCGGUAAUAGUGACAAGCUCUUGAUCCAGGAUACAGAAUACGUACAAGACAUUGCUCAAUUUGUCGAGCUGUACCCAGAAAUUAAAACUUCUUACACCGAAACUAUCAACGGCGGAAAACUGAAGUCAUCUCUGGUUUCUGUUUCAGGUGCUAAUUUCAAGCUGACCAAAGUUAAAAUGGAUGACGAAGCAACUAUGGCAGUUUACUAUGGCUCUCCAACGGUAGGGACUAUUGUUAAGAACUACACUGCCCUAGAAAUCAAUAAAGCCGUACCUCUAAACUUCCAAGGGGAAGUACUUCAAUUUGUGGUCAGUAGUGGAAAAGCUGAUUUCACUUUCGAUGGAUGGAAAUGAACAUUGAUUGUGAAGAGCAUAUGUCAGAUGUCAGAAUAAAAAUUCAACUUUAGAAAAAUAAAAUGGCAUUUGUUAAGCCCUGUAUUUUUGUGUUGUUUGGCUCGUCUACUUUUAUAAAAUGCCAUAAGCUGGAUGAAACAUGAACUUGA